CGAGAUUCCGCCAGACAGAGCAAGAGCAAUAGAUUUCUAGCUUAUGGUCUGAGAGGCUUUCCACAGAGUCGAGUCGAGUACGCAUAGAGCCCACCGAGCUGGCUAUUUUAUAUGAAAAACGACAUGAAUUGUUACGUUGUGUGAGUUAGUUCAGUACCGUGGCUUUUGAUACGAACCACAGUUGUUCCCGGGUUUACUUCUUUUCUUCGGGUUGUCUCUCAAUGCUUACAUUGAGCUUCACCAAGAGACUCAUUCAUUAGCAUGUGUUCAAAAACCAACGGUAGCCAUGUUGAAGGGGGUGACGGCAUGGAAAUACUCUUAAACGCAGACACAGUCCAUUACGCCAAAGUUGCUACCGAGAAAGAACACUGCAUGACCUUCUGGGAAGGUCUAAAGCUGUACCCAAAGGCGGUUGCGUGGUCGGUGCUCAUUUCAUCAGCCAUCAUCAUGGAAGGAUAUGACGUUGCACUCAUGGGCUUCUUUUAUGGGUUUCCUGCGUUCACCAACAAAUUCGGGCAUUUAACGUCAGGUGGCUCUCGUGAACUAUCUGCGUCCUGGCAAGCUGGACUCUCUAAUGCCAUGAGCUGCGGACAAAUCCUUGGCCUCUUCGCGAACGGAAUCAUCUCGGAACGCUUUGGAUAUCGACUGACAAUGUUGGGUUCCCUGGUUGCAAAUGUGGCUUUCGUCUUUAUUACCUUUUUUGCUCAGAACGUCGAGACGCUUCUCGUUGGUGAGAUCUUAAUGGGAAUCCCUCUCGGAGUAUACCAGACUCUUAGUGUUACAUAUGCAUGCGAAGUAUGCCCUGUAGCCCUUCGCGCCUAUCUGACGACAUUUGUGAAUCUCUGCUGGGUGAUUGGCCAGCUGAUCGCCUCCGGUGUAUUGAAAGGUCUUUCCAACAGGGUAGAUGAAUGGGCGUACCGGAUCCCAUUUGCAGUUCAAUGGAUCUGGCCCAUUCCUAUCUUUGUUGCCGUCCUGAUGGCCCCGGAGAGCCCGUGGUGGCUCGUUCGGAAGGGCAGAAUCGACGAAGCGGUCCACUCCCUCAAUCGAUUGACGUGUAAAGGCAAUUCGGAUUUUAAUUCAAUCGAAACGGUUGCGAUGAUGGUUCACACAAAUGAACUGGAAAAGAAGAUUACAGCAGGAACUUCCUACUUGGACUGCUUUCGGGGGCUGGAUUUACGCCGAACUGAAAUCUCAUGUUUGAUCUGGGCCGCCCAAAAACUUUGCGGGUCUGGGUUGAUGGCCUAUUCCACCAUCUUUUAUCAACGUGCUGGACUGCCGGUAUCGCAGUCGUUCAAUAUGACCGUGGCUCAAUAUGGGAUUGGAUUUGUCGGCACCGUCUUGUCGUGGGUGCUCAUGUCUUACCUGGGCCGCCGCAGGCUUUAUGUCGGCGGUUUGGGCAUUCUGUGUGUCUUGCUUCUGGUUGUUGGCUUCAUAUCCAUCGCUCCAGAAUCUACAUACACUUCCUGGGCAACGGGAUCUAUGCUCCUUGUGUAUACGUUCUUCUACGAUUCGAGCGUCGGACCGGUCUGCUACUCGCUUGUAUGCGAACUCCCAACUACCCGGCUGCGUAUCAAGACUGUCGUCCUGGCCCGUAACCUCUUCAACUUUUGCAGUAUCUUGAGCGGGGUGAUUAUCCCUUACAUGCUGAAUGUCGACGCAUGGAAUUGGCGCGGUAGAGCCGGUUUCUUCUGGGGUGGGCUCUCACUAUUAUGCUUCCUGUGGGCUUAUUUCCGGGUUCCCGAGCCUCGAGGACGUACGUAUGCCGAAAUGGACGCGCUAUUCGAGGGCAAGUUCUCUGCUCGAAAGUUCGAAGAUACGAAGAUCAGUCUUUUCUCCGAUGAAUCGGUCGAUACAAAAGGUGACUUUAAUGACACGAUCCCAGGAUCACCAACAUGCAGAUGAAAGGGAUUAAUACACGUCAUGCAGGGCUCUUAACUGUACUGUACUAUAGAUUUCCU